CGAAUGGUAUGGAGUCAAAAGCAUGCAGGCCAACUGGAUUGUGCUUUUUCAACCACAUAUUGAAGGUGGAUGGUCGUGACUCAGGAGAGGUGUUGUCUGCUACACUUGUUCUCCAGAGGCUGUGUUCGGAGUGGCUUAAGUCUCAGUCCUGCCCUCCCACCGGCUGUUGCAUGCUCCAGUGCCCUCAAAACAGCUCUGCUCAGAGCCCUGAGACCCGGCAGAGACAGCCUGACUGAGGUCACGGCCCUCAAUGUGUUCACCGGCUGCGAGGUUCUAGUGGUGAUCUUCGGCAAGAAUGAGUUCAACGGACAUCUGGACACUGUGAUAGGCAUCCCAGAGAGCAGUGAGGAGGACGCAGAGUUGGCUCGGUCUCUGGAUUUGAGCUGGAACUCUGUUCUGAAGACGGAACGCAGACUCUAA